GGCCGAAACUUAAACGCCUUCCUCUGCACUGCGCAGUGUGUUGAAUCAGGGUAUUUCACUCCCUAUGUAGGGAGCGAGGAGACAUUCAGGACGCAGCCGCCGUUUAUCACCCGACCGCUGGGAUGAAGGAGAGACGGGGGCAUCCUUGGGUCUGUUCUCAUAUUUAAAUAAAAGAAUAACGCGAUUGGAACUUCGCUUCACUCUGUGAGUGUGUGUGUGUGUGUGUGUGUGUGUGUGCGUGCGUGCGUGUGCGCACGCGCGCGCGUGUGUUUUGUUUGUUUGGAUUGUUGAUCAAGAAGAGCAGCUGAGUCAAGAUGAUGGAGGAGAUCGACCGAUUCCAAGUGCCGACCGAGGCAGAGAUGCAGGCCUUGGAUCCAGCGUCCUCUACUGCCUCUGAGGGAGACUCGGACACGAGAGAGAGUGAGCCGGCCACCCUCAACUACAAACCCUCACCACUGCAGAGGAAAAUAGAAAAACAGCGAGAGCUGGCCAGGAAGGGUUCUCUGAAGAACGGCACAGCAGGGAGUCCUGUCAACCAGCAGCCCAAGAAGAACAACGUCAUGGCCAGAACACGGUUGGUGGUUCCCAACAAAGGCUACUCUUCCUUAGACCAAAGCCCAGAUGAGAAACCGUUAGUUGCUUUAGACACAGACAGUGAUGACGACUUUGACGUGUCCAGAUACUCCUCAUCGGGAUACUCCUCGGCUGAGCAAAUAAACCAGGACCUGAACAUCCAGCUGCUGAAGGAUGGAUACAGGCUGGAUGAGAUCCCCGAUGACGAAGAUCUGGACCUCAUCCCUCCAAAAUCGGUCAACCCAACCUGCAUGUGUUGCCAAGCCACGUCUUCAUCCGCCUGCCAGAUCCAGUAAAAUUUCUGUCUUUCUUUUCCUCUUCCUCUCUGUUGCUCUCUCUCGCUCUCUCUCUCUCUCCCUCUUCUUGUACCCCUUAUAAAGACAUUUAAUCCACAUUAUGGCACGAAAUGUACAGGUAAUGUUAUGAUUAAAAUGGUGUACAGGAAAUCCUGAACAAAAACACACAUACACAUACAUAAACUCUCGCACACACACAUAUACACACACACACCUGCGAUCAUUAUUAAUGUUAUGACUAUUAUUACUAUUGGUAGCGUCCUCCUAUGGUAGGGCGCUCUGUAUGCUAAUUAGCUCAGAGGAGAUUAUGUGUAAAACCUCCUAGUGGACGUUGUGUAAUGACUGUACAAUUGGAGGUUAAAAAAAUUGAUUUAACUGUGCAUAAAUCACUUGGUGAUGCUAGCGCCAAUUUAUCAAAUGUAGUACCUGCUUCCAUGUUGUACCUACUUCUCAUUUCGUCGUCUUCGUGUUUUUUUUUUCCUCUCGUUUUUUUGUUAACCUUUCAAAUGGCCUGCUGUAUUUAUAUGUGCUUAAGGAUGUUGCCGAGACACCGUUGAUUUACAUUUCUUGUGCUAGUUGUUCCUUCGCGGCACUAAACGCAGCACUGUGUAGCAUGUACGGAAAACGUUGCACUUUGUUUUUUGUCUACGGUUUUCUUUACACUUAUUCGGAGAACCACCCCAAAUGAUCGUUCAAUGAUUUGGAGACGAAUUUAUCGAUAUUUAAACAAACAAACAAACAAAAAAUAUAACUCAUAUCUAACUGGCUUAUAUAUAUAUAUAUAUAUAU